ACCGCCCGCAGCCCGCCCGCCCGCAGCCGCCGCCCGCCGCCCGCCCGCCGCGGCAGCAGCACAGCGGGGUCAGCGAUCAAGGAACUAAGGGGAAAAGCCCAGCUUCCAGUCAGAGUGACUUCAGCGACCCAGUGUACAAGGAAAUCGCCAUGACCAAUGGCUACAUCAACAGAAUGACCCGAGACGAGCUUAGAAGUAAACUUGCAGAGUUCAAACUUGAAACCAGAGGAGUAAAAGAUGUGCUGAAGAAGAGACUGAAGAAUUAUUACAAGAAACAGAAGCUGAUGCAGAAGGAGGCUCUUAAUUCAGACAGCUACUAUGACUAUAUCUGCGUUGUUGACUUUGAAGCAACCUGUGAAGAAGGAAACCCACCUGAAUUCGUACAUGAAAUAAUUGAGUUUCCUGUUGUCUUAUUGAACACACAUACCCUGGAAAUAGAGGAUACGUUUCAGCAGUAUGUGAAGCCAGAGGUCAAUCCCAAACUUUCAAAUUUCUGUAUUGGUCUGACAGGAAUCACCCAGGACGUCAUUGAUAAAGCUGAUGCAUUUCCUCAAGUUCUACAGAACGUCAUAGAGUGGAUGAGGCAGCGAGAACUGGGAACAAAGUACAGCUAUUGCAUGUUGACGGAUGGAUCUUGGGAUAUGAGUAAAUUUUUGAAUAUCCAGUGCCGUGUUAGCCGUAUUAAAUACCCUUCAUUUGCCAAAAAGUGGAUCAAUAUUCGCAAAUCAUAUGGGAACUUCUAUAAGGUUCCUAGGAAUCAGACCAAGCUGACAAUCAUGCUUGAAAAGCUGGGGAUGACCUAUGACGGGAGACCUCACAGUGGACUUGACGACUCUAAAAACAUUGCAAGGAUAGCUAUAAGGAUGCUGCAGGAUGGCUGUGAACUGCGAGUGAAUGAGAAAAUGCACGCAGGACAGCUCAUGACAGUCUCCUCUUCAGCCCCCUUAGAGGGAGCCCCUGCUCCACAGAUGCCCCGUUACAGAAACUAACAGUUCAGGGAUUCUGCAUUAGGAACUGCUCUCAGAUACCCACUACAGAUUGUUAAUAGCUUAUCAAGCGGCAGCCUCUGCAAAUCUGUCUGCAAUUCAGAACCUGAAGGCACCUUAAUUAAUGGUCUUUGCUCAAAAAAAGAGUAUGGAAGCUUUUUGAAGCCUGUGUUACGUUUUUUUUAUACUGAUGAUUUUUUUGUUGUUGUUAUUGCUUUUUGCACCUUUUCUAGCAGUAAGGCUGAUACGCAAAAUCUAGGCAAAGUGGUAAGCUUUUAAGGACAUGGAAUUUAAACACAUGCAAAGAUUGAUUAGGCCUGUGUACUACUGUUCCACACCAGCUUGUGGGUAGUAUUUAUUCAUUAUUCCAUACUAUAAUGAUGUCUAGCAUAUCACUAUUCAUUGCAUCCAAACAAGAUGUUGCUAGAAGAGCUGAAAUAAAGAUUGGCUGGGCUGGCCUCUGCUGAUAAGGCAAUCUCGUUGGGAUUCCUGCUGAUAAUUGUUUGUCACAAAGUUUGAGAAAUGGGAGCAUGUUCAUCAAUUCUAAAGCAGUAGAGAAGUAGUGUGGGUUUCUUUCUUUUUUUUUCUUUUUUUUUUUUUUUUUUUAAUUUAAGGGUAUGCUUGUUUUUGACCACAUCAAUUAUAGGAGCUGUGUGUUGAAUAAAAAAUUCAUUCAUGCAGUAUGGCAUUAAUUUUUUUAACCCGUAUUUAAAAAGAGGAGUUGCUUUGGGACUUCACUUUGAGGAUCAUAUUUCCUAUGCCUGCUACACUCAAGCUAAAUCAAAUGAAGGACAGCCUGUUUAAACAUUUGUCAUCUAUUUUGACUUAAAAAUGAAGUGAAAUAAAAGUAAGUUCAAACCAAGUUCAAAAUUCUGUUACAUGGUUGUUAUUUAAAGCAAAGCAAGAAGCUUCUAAUUCAUAGUUAGAGACUUGCUCAGCUAUUUUUGGUGCCUUCUCCUACCUCUGCUACCAUGGAACUAUGCCUUUAUCUGAAAUCUAACGUUGGAAGGUGUAUAUAUAGUUUUAUUAGUGAAGGUCACAUCUAAUUAUUAACAACUUCCUCUGCUUUCCUCCUAGGCCCCAGAUAACAUGAUACUCAAACGUGGCCAAACUGUUCAUUUACUUUAUCUAAGUGGGCUAUGACAAAGUACAACUUUAAUGUGAUCAGCUUUGCAUUAGAAUGGCUUGCUCUGAAAAGCAGAAUUUUGAUUGCUCUUGGUCAAAAAAAAAAAAGGUUGUUUGGUAUCCCUGUAUUAUAAUUCAUUCUUUUUUCCUGCUGCUUAUGUUAAGGAAACAGAACUAAUAAUUCAUAAUAAAGCCUUGUUUGUUUAGGACAUA